CGCUCCCCAUCACUUCCCAUCUCACUAAUUCAGCAGGAGGAGAGGAGGGGGGAGGGGGAGUUCUCGACGGCGAAUCGGUGAUCCGCGGGGACCGAGAGGCUGGCGGACCGUCCGAACCUCUGCAGCUUCCGAACCGAGGACAGCGAGACGCGGCCACAGCCCAGAAAACCUACUGCACUUAAACGCAGCGGGCCUGGCUGCUUCUCCGCCGCCUCCUCCUCCUCCUCCUCCAGGUGGGCGAGGAAGGUUCAGGAGGAACAACCGUCGAUCGUUGAUCUGCCUGGAUUGACCCGAUCCGAACCGGAGAGCCGCAGCGCGAGCGGGAAAGCUGCAUUUGGGGUUCACGUUCCUGCUUUAGUCACCCACUGAGCGUGAGUUCGGUGGGUUCGGUGCUGGAGCUCCGCGUUUACGCGGCGGCUGCAGUCAUAGAGCAACGGCCGGGAUCAGCUGCUGAUCCAGAGCAGCAGUAGCGCUGCAGAGGGUCCGCUCACACCUGCGUGCACCUGCCUAUCCCGCCUUGCGGGGCCUGGAUGAUGUAGGAACCCACUGGCCCUCCCCGAGAACCUCUGCAACCACAACAAGCAGCGCCCCCACCCCGCCGCACCCCAGGUCCAGCCUCCCCAAUCCCUGGAACCAGCGACCCACCAUGCCGGCGGGGAUGAAACCGCUAGAGAAGUUCCUGAAAAAGCAGACCACGGCGCUGACCCGGGCCGGGGGCUUUGGUGGGGUGGCAGACAAGUCCAGCGCGGGCACAGGUGCAUCCCGCAGGAGGGCCAGUCUAUCCCGGGUCGUACCAUUCUUCAGGGAGACCUCACCUGAGAGCGGCCACGCGCGGGAAGUCUUUAGUCCUGACAGUGAGGACCCUCAUCCCUGGCCCUCAGCCACAGGAACCGGCCUGGUCUCUGUGCCCAACAGCUCCAACGGUUCUGGUUCUGGUUCUGUGGGAGGAGACAUCCGUAGUCCGUCUUUGUCCAGUGAUGAACAGAGCUCCGAGGCUAGCUUGAUCACAGAGAGCAGCAGCUGUGGGGGAGGAACACCUCUACAUCCCGAUACCCCUGACAACCUGACUCUCAUUGUGCUCGACAGCGUGACAGGACGACGCUCUGGACAUUGUUCAGAGACGCUGCUGGAUGACUUCAUGUUGACACAUCCCAUCUUCCUGACAGUCGACAGGCUCCAGCAGGUCUUGCUGCAGCAAUUCACUCUAGAGGGAAAGGGGGGAGGAAAGGAAGUGGGGACAGCACAGGAGUGGAAAGGGGGAGGUAGAGAGAGGGAUGGAGAGACAGAGGUGGAAAUGAGCUCUGUGGAGAGGAAACAAGCAGUGCUGAAUGUGGCGUUCAGGUACCUGGAUACCUACAGAGAGCUGCUGCAGGAGGAAGGAGAGCGCAGCAAUGGCUUUGCUAAGGAGUUGUAUGUGUAUGCGGUUCAGGACCUGACUCAGUAUCCAGAGCUGGUUGAAGACGUUCUGAAGCUGCAGAGAUGGACUGAGAUCCUACAAUGCCCAUCUGAUGAAGAGAAGGAGAGCAGGAAGAAGCAGGUCCGCCCUCUCUUCAGACACUUCCGAAGGAUUGACGCUUGUCUGCAGCCCAGAGAGGCCUUCAGGGGCUCUGAUGAGAUUUUCUGCAGGGUGUACACCCCUGACCACUCCUACGUCACCAUUCGGAGCCGUCUCUCCUGCCGGGUUGGAGAGAUUCUGGCUCUGGUUCGAGAGAAGCUCCAGUAUAGCGAAGACCAACCAGUCCUUCCUGGAAACCUGAUCUUGGUGGCUGUCACUUCAGCCGGAGAGAAAGCAGUGUUCCGUCCCAGCGAUGAGGCCGUCUUCACCACUCUGGGGGUCAACACUCACCUUUUUGCCUGCGAGCCAUCAGAACUGGACUCAUUGCUUCCUCUUCCUGAGGAAAUCCACUGGACACCAGGUGACAGUAAACUGCAUGACAUGUCAGCAGAGGAAGUAGCCAAUCAGCUGGUGGUGUUCGACUGGGAGCUCUUCAGCUGUGUCCAUGAGGUGGAGUUUGUAUGCUACGUGUUUCAUGGCGAGCAGUCCCGCUGGCGUCCCUUGAAUCUUGAGCUGGUCCUUCAGCGCUGCAGUGAGAUGCAGCACUGGGUCGCUACUGAAAUCCUGCAGUGCCAGUCGUUGCCGAAAAGGGUCCAGCUGCUCCGCAAGUUCAUCAAGAUUGCAGCGCUCUGCAAACAGCAGCAGGACCUGCUGUCCUUCCUCGCUGUUGUUCUGGGUCUGGACAACCCAGCUGUCAGUAGACUGCGACUCACUUGGGAGGGUCUCCCAGGAAAGUUCAGGAAGCAGUUUCAGCAGUUUGAGAGUAUUGCAGACCCUUCCAGGAAUCACAAGUCCUACAGAGACCUGAUCACCAGCCUGAGACCCCCUCUGAUCCCGUUCACUCCGCUACUGCUCAAAGAUCUGACCUUCCUCCAUGAGAGCUGUAAGACGUUUCACGGUGAACUUGUGAACUUUGAGAAAAUGCAUAAAGUCGCUGAGAUGGUAAGAACCAUUAGACGAUACAGGAGCUCCCAGCUAGCCAUAGAUAUUGAGACGUCCCCUUCCCACCUCCAGACAAAGGCCUAUGUUCGACAGUUACAGGUCAUCGACAACCAGAACCUCCUGUUUGACAUGUCCUGCAAGCUAGAGCCCAAAGACAUGUAGAUGGACGGAUGGUGGGAUGAGGAGGGUCAAAGGUCCAGAUCUGCACAUCAUCCCUUUCUUCUGUCUGACACUUCUGGACAAGAGCAGAAAAUUACUACUUCUUCUCACACUAAGACAACAAGAACUGAAAGAUUCAAGCUGAACCUAAAACUCUUUAUUUCUGUUUGUUCUAAGUAACGUUCCGAGCUCUCCUCAUCUGCUGAAGCUGGUUCAUCUUCACCAGCUGCUACUUUGCAAUCUGGAGCAUUCUGGUUUGAUCUGGUCUGAUCUGGUCCAACAAGACCAGAUCUAGCAGAUCAUAUCUAGACAAUGACUGGACUGAUGGACGACCUAGCCGAGAUCGAUUAAUUCUCCACUCUCACCAGUAUGUGGCAGCAGCUGUCACCCACCCUGCCCAUGAACGUUUACAGGAAGUGAAAUCUAACAGGUUCCGGUUUCUGACUGAUUCACUGAAAUCUCAACAAAUAGCGUGACAGUCCUAGCCUGUUUCAGAUGGAAGCUGUGUAUCAGGAUCUGAUCUCUGAGCACGUCAGCCACGUGCCAGCCUCUGAAGCUAGUGUGUCUGGUUUUCCAGAUUUGUGCUGCUUUAUAGAUCCGUUUGCUAACAGAACCAGUCUCUAACAGACUGUUUCAGGCAGAAGCAGCUGAACCGAUCGGAUCAUUGCUCUGAGGUCUGAAGCUUGCUGCAGGUCUCAGUCGGGCUGGUUUGAAACCACUGCAGUUCUAGAAGAACCAGCAGCAGAAAUCUGUCGGCGUGAGCUUCGGCGAAGGGGAAGAAAAUCACUUUUCCUCCGAAGUGGAUCCAACCAACUGUUCUGUAAAUGCUUAACCCAGGAGCAAAGAGCCAUCGAUUCCUUUCUGCAUUUCACCUGAUGGUGAUCCUUUCCAGAACCUGCUGCUGAGACGGACCUCUCUUCAAGUCGACUCUGUAGUUUAACCUUUGACCUUGUGUGAAGGUCAGAGGGACAGACCAGUCCUGGUGGAAGGGCUGUUAGCUGACCUCUAAUCUGUGGUUCGUAACUGCUGCCAUAUUCCACACUUCAGGAACUUCACCUGUACCUCACCUUCUUCUGUGAUUCAGUGGCGAUGCGUUCACGUACCCAACUCGCUGUUGGUGGUCAUCUCACUGUGUUCAGACUCGUGAUUGGAUGGAUGAGAGUAUGUAGAUGCUGGUUUUCUACCCACCCACCUCAGCUGAAAGACACUUCUGUCUUUGAAUUUCCAGACAGUGAUGAUUGACCUUAAACGUCUCACGGUGUUGGACGAUCCAGCGAGAUGACUCUUUCAGCCUCUUAAAAGACCAAACUGUGUAUUUUCAUGUGUUGACACUGAAGCAAACGCCUGAAAAUAAAACAGGUGUGGCCUUUUAAGAGAGUCUCAGAAUGGUCAGUGAUGAUAGGUCCACUGAUCAGCCAAUCACAGAGCCUUUGAGGUCUAACUGCUGUCACACCUGAAUGGAUAAACCGGUUCACUCCUCCCAAAGCUGGCCUCUCAUUGGUCGGUUCAGGGCUCUGAGUGGUCCAUGGCAAUAACAGGCGACAGGAAGUGAAGCUGUUUUUUUUUUGACUUUUCAAUUAAGCACUUUUUGCCAAACCUCAGGGCUCAAAGACACAGAGAGGUUUUGUUUACUCCUCCUUCUGGAUUUCUUUAGAGUUCAGUUCAGUCCAGUUGUGUUCCGAUUGGUUGUUCCUGUGUUCUUACAGCUGAUCGCACUUCAGCCAUAUUUACUCUAAUUAUAGAAAUCUAGAAAGUUGUUGUUCUUUUAUGCUGUGAUCACCACCAGGGCUGAGGCCAAUCUGAUCAAAUCAAUCAACACAAUAAGAAUACGAUCCGCCAUUCCAUUUUAAAGGGACUUCAGUACUGGAAAAAGGUGGAUUUCAUACUGAUUGAGGGUGAUUGACAGGUGUAUCCAGGCAGAACCAGUGUGUCAUGGGGAAGAGCUCAGCUGAUCUACAUUCCCAAUCAACUGGUCUCCCCUGAAAACAUAAAUGAGUUUGCCCUGCUGGGUGGCUGCUGUCAGAGAUAGGGAUAGAUAGAGACAGGGUGAGGAGCUCAGAUAUCUGGGAGGGACUUGGAGUAGAGCCACAGCUGCUCCAUGUUGAGGGGAACCAGCUGAGGUGAUUCAGGCAUGCUACUGGGAGGAGACUCUGGGUCAACCCAGGACAUGCCGGGAUUAAAUCUCUGCUAGUCUGGGAACACCAGUGGGUGGCUGGGGAGAAGACGGUCUGGAUCUCCUUCCUACCCAAUGACCCAGAUAAGCAGAAGAUGAUCAAGAUGAGCUAAAUGUGAAGAAAUAGAUUAACUGCAUUGCUCAAUUAGUUUGUUAUUGUAAAAACAAGUUUUGUAAAAUUUCGAGUCGACACAAUUAAAUGUACUAACUUCGAGAAAAAUUCCUCUGAUCAGAUUUUCUCAGGUGUCCUCAGCUCUGGUGGUCAUGAGAGCUUCUCCAUCUGUACCAUAACAUCCUUUCUGUAGACGCGCCAUGAGGUUGUUCCUGUUCAGAAACCUCUCACAGUUCAAAAAGACCCAAAACGGUCCAGUACCCAGAACAUUGAGUUACUGCUGAAGAACAUUUUGAACUGAUGUUGGACGAUUCUGGACAGGACAGAAACAGUUUGAUGAGACCUUUGAUCCAACAUGGAGUCCAGAGUCAAGAGCACCAAGAAAACAAAGUGGACCCUGCUGAGUUUCCAGGAUUUAGGAUCCAAACAUGAGGAUGAGAACCUGAAACAAACCAACUGAUUCAAGGUUACCUUACAUGAUUUAUUAGAACUCCUGUUAGACUUUAAACAGGACAAUUAAAUCUAGUGGCCUCAACAUCAGAUCAGAACCUAAUCAGGUUUGAAUUUGGAUUUGAAGAACUUUUUCAGGACUCUGGUCCAUGCCGAAGGUCUCAUUAAGGAUUGCGGUCUUGUUGGGUGCAGAAACCCAGUGAAGAUGGAUCAUCAUCAGCUGGCUCUCUCAGGCCCUCUUCCUGGGUGUUAGAUGUUUCAUGAUGGAUCCCAGAUCAGUUCUGUCCAGAAGCUGGGGCUUUGAGUAACAUGACCUCAAACAAAGCAUUCAUUUUUCUUUUUCUUUUAUCUGAACUGAUCAGGUUCUGACCUCACAGCUUCUAGUUGGUAGAACAGUCCCAGCUUCUGCCGGGAACUCUGCUGGGAUCCAAGACUACGAUACGCAGGUGGCCUCCAGGGUUGAGACCUCCAGGUGUCGAGACCUCUCAGGUCCGGUUCCUCCCGGUCGGAGGCCAUCUGCGGUGUGAGGAGAGUGUAAAUACUAAAACCUGUAAAUGCAUACGGAGUCUCUAUUUUAGGUAUGAAUGAGGAGCAGCGCUAACUCAAGGACUAAACUUUAAUUUGGUGUUUUUAACUUGUAAACGUUACAGAAGAUUUAAGGAAAUUAUGAAAGAAAUUAUAAAAAUGAAAUUAUGACUUUAUGAAUUGUACAUAAAUUGCUUCAGUUUGUUGUUUUCUUUUUAAAUUUUGUUCCUGUUUACUUUUAUUUGUGCAGAAUCAAUUGUUUACAUUAUUAAGUCUCUUUUUUCUGUGAACAACCUGAUUGGAGGAGAGGUCUGGCAGGUGGCGGGACCUCAUAAUCUGGUGUAAAAAGGAAACUGAAACAUUAAGAUUUGUUAAAUUUUAUUUUGUUUUAAAUAUAAUGUUGUUCUCUGAGUAAAUCAGGGAAAUCAGUUAUCAGAAAAAAUGUUUACAUGAAGCAAAUAAAUUAUAAAUUUAAUACAAAGUUGUAAGAUUUUACAUUUUAAGGAAUAAGCUGUGCUUUUAGAAAAAUUAGUAAUAUUUAAUAAACUAUUCCAGAAUCAGUAUUCCAAAACAUUUUAGCUGGUUUUUAAACAUUUAGUUGAGAUUUUCAAAGAAAAAAAAAGAUUAGAUGAUGACAUCCUACCCUAAGUUGUAAAACUGAUAAGUUUGACAGAAAAUAAUUUACAUAUUAUUUAGGAUAAUAGUCUAAAUUUCUUACAUUUUUUAUGUUUUUUUAACUUGAUGUAAAGAAAACAUAUCUGAACGCAAAAAGAAAAAGUUGAAAAACUAGAAUUAUAAAAUCAAUGUUUAUUUUCUAAUAAAUAAGAGUUCAUUUUUGAUAAAAACAAAAGCUACAAUAAAAUGUUAAAUUUUACUUUUCAAAUGUAGUUUCUUUUGUGAAUAUUAUUAUUGUAAAAUAUUAUUUGUAACUUUUUAAGUUUUUGAACUUGUUUCUAAAAGUAAUUUCACCUUAUAUAAUAAAUAUGUAUUAUUUAUUUUAUUUUCCUGGAGCGAAAAUAAGGUUAUGUUUUCUGUCCGACUAUGUUGUAACAUUAUUUUUAGGUGGUUAUUUUUGUUUGUAAAUAAAAUUUGCUCAUAUUUGAUUUGCUUUUAAAGUUAUAACAUUGUGAAAUAAUUAUUGAAACGGUUUAUUGAACUGUUUGGUUGUUUUGAGUCACUUAUUGAUGCAUUUAACUGUUAAUGAGCUGAAAUCAGUCAACACUCCUUCUGCAGACGUCUGGUCCUUCGUCUCACAGCAAACACUGAAAUAAAAAUCAUAGCUUCGAGUA